AUAUCAUAUCCUUCUUUGCGCACACAUAAACCUACCAAAUCCAAUACACAACACUCAUGCACUUGCCCUUUAUUAUUUUUCUCCUUUUUUACGCCUUCCCCCCUCUCUCUCUCUCUCUCUCUCUCUCUCUCUGGCUGCUUUGGGAUACUGGAAUAGCACUCCCAAUUACUGGUUCCUGACUCUCUCUCUCUCUCUCUCUCUCUCUCUCUCUCUAGAGGCCAAAGAGGAACCCUAAAGCUGUGAUCUUUGACAAUUAGGUACACACACAGAUCCUUUCUCCCCACUUUUUUACUGGUUUUUACUUUUAUCAAGAAUCUGUGUGUUGCAUCUCCUCUCUUUCUUCUUCUUCUUCUUCUUCUUCUUCUUCCCCCAUUUUUGGAAGCUUGGAUCUGAAUUAGGGUUUUGAUGGUGAGGUGAUUUCCUGAGGGUGGCAUUGCGGAUGAUUCCUGGGGAUCUCCUCUUCUCUCGCAUUAAUGAUGGGUUUUGCUAAUUGGGUUGUCGAUUUGAUUGCUGUUUUUUGUGGAAAGGUAACAAAGGUUGGAUCUUGAUGAGACUGGUUUGAUCCCCUUUUUGUGCUUUCGUCGCAGACAUCUCAUGUCCAUGGUAGGGUGAUGGGGGAAGUGAAGUUUUAUGCGUCAGAUAAGAGGGUUCUCCGUAGAAUACAUUCAACACAAUCGAUCUUGCAUUAUCAAGAGUUGUUGUGAACGUCAAACUCUUUUCCUUAAUUGAUGGCUUCUGACUCUUUGCCCGAAAUUACCUCGGAGGAUCAGUACAAUAGCCCCACCAGUAGUGAAGUAACUGAACCAGCUUCUACCGACUCUUCACUUCCACAGACUUCUGUGCCAAGCAAAUCAGAAACCACCUCAUCGACCGAUUCGCUAAAAUCUUCGCUCCUAAAUACAGAAAAACGACCAAGUAGAGAAGCAGUGCAAGAUCAAAAUGGUCAUUCAAAACAUAGUAACUCAGACCCAUCUUCUCCAAAAGGCGAUUUUGUUGGCUCAAGUGAACCCCCAAGCGUAGAAUGCAAUAAAGACCGAGAGAAGAAGAAUUCUGAGCAUGGUAGCGUCAAAAACAGCUCGGCUUCUGCUAAAGUUAGUGAUGGUACCAGCAGUUUGGAGAAGACUAGUGAGAGCGGUAAAAUAAGCGACCGUGCCGAUUUCGUCGAGAGCGGAAAGAGUAGUAUGUGCAGGGCCAGUUCUAGCAGCAAUGUGAGUGAUGAAAGCUCUUGUAGCACCAUAAGCAGCAAUAUAAGCAAACCCCACAAAGCAAAUGAUUCAAGAUGGGAAGCUAUUCAGGCGAUUAGGGCUAGAGAUGGUGUUCUUGGUCUGAGCCAUUUUAGGUUACUUAAGAGGCUUGGAUGUGGUGAUAUUGGCAGUGUGUAUCUAUCCGAAUUGAGUGGAACAAAGUGUUACUUUGCAAUGAAAGUUAUGGACAAGGGAAAUCUGGCGAGCCGUAAGAAGCUGUUUAGAGCACAAACGGAGAGGGAGAUUUUGCAAUGCCUCGAUCAUCCGUUUCUUCCGACGUUGUACACACACUUUGAGACGGAGAAGUUUUCUUGCGUGGUGAUGGAGUUUUGCCCUGGAGGAGAUUUGCAUACACUUCGGCAGAGGCAGCCUGGGAAGUACUUUUCAGAACAAGCUGUCAAGUUCUAUGUAGCAGAGGUUCUUCUCUCCUUGGAAUACCUGCACAUGCUCGGUAUCAUCUACCGCGACCUCAAACCCGAGAAUGUCCUUGUGCGCGAGGACGGCCACAUCAUGCUGUCCGACUUUGAUCUCUCCCUUCGAUGCACCUUCAGCCCUACCCUCGUCAAAUCCUCCAACCCUGACCAGAGAAACAACAACAAUUCUAUGUACUGUGCCCAACCUGCCGCCUGCAUCGAGCCAUCCUGCAUUAUCCAACCAUCCUGUUCAGUCCCAACAACGUGCUUCUCCCCUCGCCUCUUCUCGUCCAAGUCCAAGAAAGACCGGAAGCCGAAGCCCAAGACUGAUAUAGGAAACCAAGUCAGCCCGCUCCCAGAGCUCAUCGCGGAGCCGACUGAUGCCCGGUCCAUGUCAUUCGUCGGGACCCAUGAGUACUUGGCGCCGGAGAUCAUCAAAGGGGAAGGGCAUGGAAGUGCCGUGGAUUGGUGGACCUUUGGGAUUUUUCUCUAUGAGCUUUUAUUUGGAAAAACUCCCUUCAAAGGGUCGGGCAAUCGAGCCACAUUGUUUAAUGUGGUGGGCCAGCCCCUGCGGUACCCUGAAUCGCCAGUGGUGAGCUUCGCUGCAAGGGAUCUGAUAAAAGGUUUGCUCGUGAAGGAGCCGCAGCAUCGCCUUGCCUACAAGCGUGGGGCCACAGAGAUAAAGCAGCAUCCGUUCUUCGAGGGCGUGAACUGGGCCUUGAUACGGUGCGCGACCCCGCCGGAGAUCCCAAGGCCCGUCGAAAUCAACCGGCCUAUAGGGCCUGUUGCAUCGACGAGCCAAAAGGCCACAUUAACUGUGGAGAAAGGCAACGAUAACUACCUGGAAUUCGAUUUCUUUUAGGGGAUUUGCAAUAUAUAUAUAUAUAUAUAUAUAUAUAUAUAUUGUAUUUGGGGGAAUUGUAGAGUUUCUUGUUAUUAUUUUCAUAAUGCUAAUGGGUCCCAUAUAUAGAUUGUGACAUCUGUUCGUAGAUCUACCUUUUCUAUGUUUUCUUUUUAAUUUUUUUUUUCCCCCCGAACUUUGUCUUCUUGGAUUCGAUGUCUGUAAUCAGUGAACUCUGAAUUAUCAUUUUCCUUAUUUAUGAUGGUUUUCUAUCUUCUGCAAGUCUGUAAUCAGUGAACUCUGAAUUAUCGUUUUCCUUAUUUUUGAUGGUCA